UAAUUUAAUGAUUGAUCCGUGAAAUUGUCACAGCCAUUUUGUAACGACAUAAUUGAUUGCUCUAUAAAUGUUCAGAUUUCAGCUUUUGUCGGUUUCUCUUCAGGUUGCAGAGGUUUAGGUAGGCCUAAGAGGUGUAAUUGUGUAUCAGCAUCUGGAAAACAUACUACUUACAAUGGGUGACAAACCAGACAUCAGUGAGGUUGUUCAGUUUGACAAGAGCAAACUGAAGAAAACUGAGACUUUGGAGAAGAACACCCUUCCAACCAAAGACACAAUUCAACAAGAGAAACAAGGGGAUGUGUGAUGACCAGGUGCAAAGACUCUGUUACACUCCAGUCCUGGGAAGAGGGCCAGCGACGUUCCUUGCACCAAGUAAUUCGCAAUGAGCUACAGCGAUUACUCUGCCAUGGCCUGUUUUGGCCAGGGCAUUUGUCUUGUAUAGCUCAAUAAAGUUAUGAGCCAGAAA